UCUGAAUAAAAGGGUUGGGAUCUCCAGGACCCUCGUCUAAUCGUACGUCAUAGUUACCAAUGGUUUCUCCAGAUAUGAAGUUCCCCUUCCUCUUUCCUCUCAUCUUUUUCUUCAUCUGUUCGUCUACUCCCGUUUCUUCGCAUAAUCUGUCUCUCAGAAAGCAAGCAUCAAUCCUGGUUUCUCUAAAACAAGAAUUUAAAUCCUCCACUCCUCUGGCUACUUGGAACGUCUCAAAUUACUUGUCUCUUUGUUCUUGGACUGGCAUCCAGUGUGAUGUUUCGAAUAGAUCAGUAGUUUCUCUUGAUAUAUCCAAUUCUAACAUUUCUGGUUCUCUCUCUCCGGUGAUCACCCAACUUCCAAGCCUAGCAUAUCUCUCGGUGCCUGGCAACAGCUUCUCGGGUGAGUUUCCGCAAGAAAUUCACAAGCUAACAAAGCUUCAGUUUCUAAACAUAUCGAGCAAUAUGUUCAGUGGAGAGCUAAACUGGGAAUUCUCUAAGAUGAAAGAGCUCGUGGCAUUAGAUGCUUAUGACAAUAAUUUCAAUGGCUCACUCCCAUUAGGCGUCACUCAACUUCCCAAGUUGACGCACUUAAAUUUUGGCGGGAAUUACUUUAGCGGAGAAAUCCCUAAGGCCUACGGAAGUUUGGAGCAGCUCAAACAUCUGUCUCUUGCUGGUAAUGAUUUGGGUGGUUCCAUACCUGCUGAGCUCGGUAAUCUAACAAAUCUCAAGCAACUUUUCCUGGGUUAUUACAAUGAGUAUGAUGGUGGUAUUCCAUCUGAGUUUGGCAAGUUGGUCAAUCUUGUUCAUUUAGACCUAGCUAACUGUAGCUUGAAGGGUCCAAUUCCUCCCGAACUUGGCAAUCUAAAGAAACUGGAUACUCUCUUCUUGCAAACAAAUUACAUCAGUGGUUCGAUUCCUCCUCAACUGGGCAACUUUAGUAACUUGAAAUCCCUUGACCUUUCAAAUAAUAAGCUAACAGGGGACAUUCCACUUGAGUUGUCUGGUCUUCGUGAGCUCAUCCUCCUGAACUUGUUCGUUAACAAGUUGCAUGGCGAGAUUCCUCACUUUAUUGCGGAGCUACCCAAGUUGGAAGUUCUGAAGCUGUGGCACAAUAAUUUCACGGGAUCCAUUCCUUCAAUGCUUGGAGAAAACGGUAGAUUGAUGGAGCUUGAUCUGUCAACUAAUAAGCUCACUGGUUUGGUCCCUAAAUCUCUUUGCUUCGGAGGGAGGCUGCAGAUCUUAAUACUGUUCAACAAUUUCUUGUUUGGUCCUCUACCGGAGGAUCUUAGUAAAUGUGACACACUAUCAAGAGUUCGAAUGGGACAGAAUUAUCUGACAGGAUACAUACCAAAUGGAUUUCUUUACUUGCCAGAGUUAUCACUCGUAGAGUUGCAGAACAAUUACCUCAGCGGACGAAUUCCACAAGAUACAGGUAAGGUACCCACAAAACUUGGCCAGCUGAAUCUUUCAAACAACAGGUUAUCUGGGUCACUUCCAGCUUCAAUUGGAAAUUUCUCUAGCUUGCAGAUUCUACUACUUAGUUCGAACAGAUUCACAGGGGAAAUUCCAUCUGAAAUUGGCCGAUUGAAAAUUGUGCUAAAGUUGGAUAUGAGUAGAAAUAACUUCUCAGGCACAAUCCCAUCCAAGUUAGGUAAUUGUCCCCUGCUAACUUAUCUGGAUUUGAGCCAGAACCAACUCACUGGUCCAAUCCCAGUUCAAAUCGCUCAAAUUCACAUAUUGAAUUACCUCAAUGUUUCUUGGAACCACCUAAACCAAAGCCUUCCCAAGGAGUUUGGUUCUAUAAAAAGCCUAACUAGUGCAGAUUUUUCUCACAACAACUUCUCCGGAUCAAUACCGCAGUUUGGACAGUAUUCAUUUUUCAACUCAACGUCCUUUGUUGGUAACCCUCAGCUUUGUGUGCCAUACUUUAACAAUUGCAACUAUUCUUCAAUCUCUCCUUUAGAAUUACAUAACCUGAGUGGCCCAAAUUCUCAUGUCCCUGCAAAAUUUAAGCUUCUUUUUGCGUUGGGGCUUUUAGUUUGUUCCUUGAUAUUUGCUGCUUUGGCAAUCAUCAAGACACGAAAGGUACGAAGAAAUUCACAUUCUUGGAAGCUAACCGCAUUCCAAAAGCUGGAAUUUGGAAGCAAAGAUAUCUUGGAAUGUAUAAAAGAAAACAAUGUGAUAGGGAGAGGUGGAGCUGGCAUUGUCUACAGAGGAAUUAUGCCGAACGGAGAGCAAGUAGCAGUUAAGAAGCUUUUAGGCACAAGCAAAGGUUCUUUGCAUGAUAACGGCCUCUCAGCAGAAAUAAAGACUUUGGGUACAAUUCGACACAGGAAUAUCGUGCGAUUGCUGGCACUUUGUUCCAAUAAAGAGACCAAUAUACUAAUAUACGAGUACAUGCCAAAUGGAAGCUUAGGUGAGGUUCUUCAUGGAAAAGGAGGCGGCUACCUCAGGUGGGAAACUAGGCUGAAAAUAGCCAUAGAAGCUGCAAAGGGCCUAUGUUACCUGCACCAUGAUUGUUCCCCGCUGAUAAUCCAUCGAGAUGUGAAGUCGAACAACAUUUUACUAAACUCUGAUUUUGAGGCUCAUGUAGCAGAUUUUGGGCUUGCCAAGUUCUUGCAUGACACUGGAACUUCAGAGUGCAUGUCGGCGAUAGCUGGUUCAUAUGGUUAUAUUGCUCCAGAGUAUGCAUACACUUUGAAAGUUGAUGAGAAGAGUGACGUAUACAGCUUUGGAGUGGUACUGUUGGAGCUAAUAACAGGGCGGAGGCCAGUCGGUGACUUUGGAGAGGAAGGGCUAGACAUUGUUCAGUGGACCAAGAGAGAGACAAACUGGAAUAAAGAAGGGGUAGUGAAGAUAGUUGACCAGCAAGUAAGUAAUAUUCCAGUGAAUGAAGCAAUGCAGGUUUUCUUUGUGGCGAUGUUGUGCGUUGAGGAGCACAGUGUGGAACGUCCAACAAUGAGAGAAGUUGUUCAAAUGCUUGCUCAGGCCAAACAACCUAACACAUUUCACAUGCAAUGACUUUGACAAGUUGUUUUCUGGCUGUGCAAAAUUCUCAACACUCAGGCAUUUAAGUUCCAACCUUCCUAGGAUGGCAGCUGUUAAUUUAUACCACUAGUAUAUACAACUACACCGGUGCUUUCCUUCUAGUAUUUCCAAGCUUUCCCAGUU